CGGCCCGGUCGGGCUGGUGCUGCGCGGGGCGGUGGGGGGAUGGCGGCGGCGGCGGGCGCCUCCGGGAGCGGGAUGGCGCAGAAGAGCUGGGAACUGGCCAACAACAUGCAGGAGGCGCAGAGCAUCGACGAGAUUUACAAGUACGACCGCAAGCAGCAGCAGGAGAUCCUGGCGGCCAAGCCCUGGACCAAGGACAACCACUACUUCAGAUAUUGCAAGAUCUCCGCCCUGGCCCUGCUGAAGAUGGUCAUGCAUGCCCGGUCUGGGGGCAAUCUGGAAGUGAUGGGGCUGAUGCUUGGGAAAGUGGAUGGGGAAACCAUGAUUAUCAUGGACAGCUUUGCUUUACCGGUAGAAGGCACUGAAACUCGAGUCAAUGCUCAGGCUGCUGCAUAUGAAUACAUGGCUGCAUAUAUAGAAAAUGCAAAACAGGUUGGUCGUCUAGAAAAUGCAAUUGGCUGGUACCACAGCCACCCUGGCUAUGGUUGCUGGCUUUCAGGGAUUGAUGUCAGUACUCAGAUGCUUAAUCAGCAAUUUCAAGAACCAUUUGUGGCAGUGGUAAUUGAUCCAACAAGAACAAUAUCUGCAGGAAAAGUAAAUCUUGGAGCUUUUAGAACAUAUCCCAAGGGCUUUAAGCCUCCAGAUGAAGGUCCUUCAGAAUACCAGACUAUUCCACUUAAUAAAAUAGAAGACUUUGGUGUACACUGUAAACAGUAUUAUGCUUUAGAGGUCUCCUACUUCAAAUCAUCUUUGGAUCGUAAAUUGCUUGAACUAUUGUGGAACAAAUAUUGGGUGAACACACUCAGUUCUUCUAGUUUGCUUACUAAUGCUGACUACACAACUGGCCAAGUCUUUGAUUUGUCUGAAAAGUUAGAACAGUCAGAAGCCCAGCUGGGCCGAGGGAGUUUCAUGUUGGGUUUAGAGACACAUGACAGAAAAUCAGAAGACAAACUUGCUAAAGCAACAAGGGACAGUUGCAAGACCACCAUAGAAGCUAUACAUGGAUUGAUGUCUCAGGUUAUUAAGGAUAAACUGUUUAAUCAAAUUAAUAUUGCUUGAGGCGCAUCGCCAGCUGGUACGCAUCUCCAAGGCUGAAAAAGUCAUGGUUAUUUCUUUCUUUUGGACAUGUUCAGUUUUGGAAUUAAAGUAAGAAUGGAUACUUAUUCAGCUAAUUUGUAGUACUUUAAAUCAUCUUUCCCACCUUUUUGCCCAGUUUUAAAGAACAGAUGGUUCUGAAAAUUAUUGUAAACUUUGUUUUCUAUCAUAAAACACAACCAUUUUGGAUAAUAGUUUCACAAGAAAAGUAAAUGUGACUGUUAUUAGAUGCUGCUCUUUAGUAUUUAUAUCUGUUAUCAAUCUGCAAUAAAAAAAAAUAAAAAUGAGGAAGUGAUUUUUUUGUAAACACUUAUUUCUAGCUUUUAAUUAUUUUCUGCUGUUUCCCCAGAAUAAUUCUUCUAAUUCAUCUAGUUUAGAGAGACAAUAAAGCUAAUUUAAGAAAUUCCAUUUUUGUUAAGAACAUAAUUUUAAUAUGCUUUCCCAACUCUUCUUUUAAUUUUAAAACCUUGAAUCCCUUUAGGUUAGUUUUUUAAACAAAGUUCUAAUUGAAACAUUAAUAGCUUAUCUUUGCAGAUUGACUCAAUGGGGGGCUAUUCUCAUUCAUGUAUUGUAAGAAUAUCUUGCAGCCAUGCAGUGGAAUUUAUUUGCUAAUAUCCUAAUUUAUUUGUUUCAUAGAAAAAAGAGUGGCAAAUGAAUGGAAGUCAGGGCAGUGAUAGAAUUAUUAGUACACAAUGCCUUAAUGUCAUCCAGAUAUGAUUAGAAAAUAAAAUUUAGUUAUUCUUUACAUACAGCUCAGCAGUUACGAAAGACCAAUAAUUCAGUGUUUGAAAGCCUUUAUGUACCUCUAUUAUAUGUGUAUAAUACAGUGUCAUUAACCUCCUUAUGAAUAAGAAGAUUGUGGCAAACAAAAUGUGUAUGCUAAAACUAAAAUAAACAUCCAGAGAAAGAUGUGCAGUUGAAAUAUUACUCUUCUGUGAAGUUUUUCUUUUUUUAUUCAAAAGUUUUAGGUCUUAAUAAAUUAUCAUGCUUGAGAUGAUCUCCAUGCAAUUUCUCUCUGGAAGACUCUUAUGCUGUAUGUACUUAGUGCACUGUGUAUUAAAGUACUUAACUAAAAA